GCACGAUUGUGGCAAGUGUGCGAAAAACGGGGCCACCCAAAACAAAACCCUCCUCCCGCCGCCUCGGACGGGCUCAUCCGUGAGUGCAAAAGGCGUAUAGCGUAGAAUAACCCGACUACAACGGUUCCACCACAAGGCACGAAUGGCACGAAUAGCGGACGACAGUGACUUCGAAGCGCUGAAACGACUGGUCGACAAUCACGACGGCUGGACGCUGGAGCUGUCCAAAUCCGACACGGAGGUAUACACGCGGCCAGUGCCCGGCUGCAACUUCAACAUGGUCAAGAUCCACACCGAGUUUGCCGACGUCACGGCCGACAUCGUGUUCGAUGUGCUGCACGAUCCGGACUAUCGGAAGGUUUGGGAUUCGCAUAUGCUCGCCAGCGAGGAAAUCGGCAUACUGAACGUCAACAAUGACGUCGGUUACUACGCAAUGUCCUGUCCGCCUCCGCUCAAGCCGCGAGAUUUUGUCCUGCAACGAUCCUGGCUCGAUACGGGCCCGCAAGGCGAACAGAUGCUCCUAUCCCGCUCGGUACCCCACAAAAACUAUCCACCCAAGAAGGGUUACGUACGUGCGAUGUCCUACAUUACCGGUUUCGUACUGCGAACGAAUAAAAACUCAAAGACUGGUUGUAUACUUAAGUACGUAGCGCACUGUGACCCGCAAGGUACGCUUCCGCCCUGGCUCGUGAACAAGGUAACGCACACGCUCGGACCGCGCAUGGUUAAGGACCUCAAGAAGGCCGCCCUUGGGUAUGUGAGCUGGAAACAAACGCAACCGCACCUGCGGAAACCGUGGCGCUUUCCGGAAGAGAUCCGUUGUCCAAGGAUAUCCAUCGAGGAUUGUCUUGAUACGGCCGCAGUUCCACUAGCACUUCCACCAGCAACCGGAUCACCGAAAAGCGUUCAGCAACAGCAACCCAUUCCGCAACCCGAGCAACAAACCCCUACCCAACGGAAGCUACCCCAGCUGAAAACGCAAACCAAUGGUCGCGUGCUGCCAAUACUGCACAAAAAGGCCCAAUCGACACCGUCGUCGCCCGUCGUCGAGGAAGCCAAGUUCCUCAAGCGAGACGAGCUGAAGGAAAAGCUCGAAGAAAAGCGCAAGGACGAAAAGAAAAAGCAAAAAGAUUCCAAAGAGGCCAAAGGCAAGGAAACCAAGGAAAGCUUAAAAAGCACCAAGGAGCUGGAAAAGGAAGCAAAGGCAGCGGCGAAAGAGAGCAAAAAGCUAAGCAAGGCAGCGGCGAAGGAGGCGGCAGCGGCCGAAAAUGCAGUCGCGAAAAAGGAGAAAAAAGAGAAAGGACUCACCAAGCGGAGGUCCUUGUUGAACUUGAAGUUUUAGUUAGUGGCGAAGGGAAACGGUUGACACAGCAGCAAAACCAAGAACAAAGAACAUGACAGAAGCGAUAAAACUGGAUUAGCUGUUGUUACAUACAGGGUGUUGAUUGAGACUUUAUCAGUAUUAUGCAUCGAAGAAGAAUCGACUAAAAGGCGAAAAGGCACAAUCAAUUCAGCUCGAAUCGAACCUUUCUUCGAACCAAGCGGAGAAAUAAAAUUGGAACAAAAUACAAUAAUGGGACGAUACGAAAGCAAAGAUAAGUUUUAAACGCUCGUAAACCAAAUACAUCGUUACGAUUUUUACUGCAGCCUAUAGAGCCUCUACCAAUCGAAAUGUUGUACAGACAGACACUCUUUAACUGCUAGGGACACAGUGGAACCAGCGUCGGUUGUAAGUUUACGUAGCCCGCUGUACUUUGGCGCAUUGAAUCACAUCCAGCUGGAAUAUCUAUCGCACUUUAAAGCAUUUGUUAGGUUAUGAAAUGAUUCAUCAGCGCACGAAACAUUGGAUGAUCGAACCGGAACAGGAAAGCAAGAUAUGAAAAUUCUAAAUAACUUUUAUUUGCAUAAUACUCAUCACAUUCCAACAUUGCGGUCAAUUCUUGGCAACGAAUAUGUGUUUAGCUGCUAGAAGUAAUUGCACAAAAAACUUCAGCUUCCACUCCUCAUUACGAUGUGUAAAUAAGCAUUAACCAAACCAAAUACACAAACCGAAACGAACCAUGAACAAUAGCUUGAUUGCUCCCUAGGGGUGUGUUACUUGUAAAUGUGUUGUUAGACCGUUAGGAUAGUAAGUAAAACUGUACAUCUUGUUUGAAAAUGAACCACAAACGAACAAAACCAAACAGCCAUCGGAAACAAAGUGAUAACAUACUUAGAAUGGCCUUUGCUAACCGUUACCUACUUGUGCAACGCUUACAUUGUGCUAAAACCUGUACUAAAGCUAACCUGUACGUUCUGAGUGAGACGUAUAAUAAGAAACUUUCUUAUUAGUUUUACGUAUGCAUACAAAGGCAACCGUAGUACGGAAUCCUCGAUCGCUAUGCAACUAAACGCUAGAAGAGUUAGUUAGAUAGCUCACACAACAAAACGAGGCGAAUGACAAUUAGAAUGUAAGACUUUUCACUACGCUACCGCAAAUAAUUACUACUACUACUACUACUACUACAAUUACAAUAAUUGCAAUCCCCCUCCCUUUCCUGUGGCCUUUCUUCCUUCUUUCUUUGAGCUGGGUAAAUUAUUAACUAAAACACAUACAAAAAAAACGUCAGACUUAUAGACAUGUAAGCAUACGGACGGGAAGAGACGAACCCUUAUAGCUAGGAGCUAACAAAUAUGUGAAGAAACAUAAUUAGGAUGGGAAUGAAAGUUUUAUCUACCAUGAACCAAUUACUGUCGCGUUGUGAUUAGUAUGGAAACAACAAAAAUAAAGUUAAAACAAACCAUCGGUUUGGUUGAUGUUGGUGUUGGCAGUAGUGUGUACAUUAUCUCGACACAUAACAAUAGCCAAAUCGCGAUUGUGUGCGAUCUUAGCGCAACGGUGUGUCAAUCAUUCGAAAGUUAGUAGCGUAGCGCGUAUCCACAUGUUGCGUGAGUGACAACCAUCAGCAAAACACAUUGUUGCAGUACAGUUGAUCCGUUUUUUCUAACAACUCUCGAUCACUUUCCGAUCAAUGGAUUUUUUAUUUGUGCGUACGUUUAUAAGUGUAUGUGUGUAUGUUGGUAUGUAUAGUUAUGUACUUUUGGCGUGUGAGUAUAUGCUCACUAGUGACGUUGAUUAGCAGCAGGACUGAUAGUAAUUGUGUCCGUAGUGGAAUGUGUUAUGGUUGGGGCGGGGAGUAAGCACUGACAGUUGGUAGUGAUAUGUCGAAAAAUGAAAGUUAAACCGGGUGCGUAUGUAAACCACACGUUGCUGUAAUUACGUUGGAGUUGUAGGUUGUUGAAAUAAAAUCAGUCAAA